AUGCUCUUCACUAUUUUCGCAAUAUUAUCAUUGUUAGCUACUCGUAUUUAUUGUUUAGCACAGCCUUUAUUAAAUGAUGCACCCCAAUCUAUAUACGCUUUGUUAGUAGCUGGAUCCAAUGGAAUUAGUAAUUAUCGACAUCAGGCUGAUGUCGCUCAUGCUUAUCAUCUUUUAAUCGAAAAAGGUGUUCCUGCCGAGAAUAUCGUAACGAUGAUGUACGAUGACGUCGCUUAUGAUCCUAAAAAUCCACAUCCUGGAGAGUUGCGAAACAUUCAGAAUGGUCCUGAUUAUCGGAAAGGAAUGAAAGUGGAUUACAGGACCACAGCUGUAAACAAAUACGUUUUCGAGGCAGUUUUGACGGGUAACUCAGCCAGAGCAGCUCUUUAUGGAGGGUCUGGAAGGGUUCUGAAAAGUACUUCCGCUGACAAUGUCUUCAUAUUCUACAGCGAUCAUGGGGCUUACAAUAUCUUGGGCAUGCCAAGUGGACCACCGAUCACAAAAUCGGAUCUGCAAAAUUAUAUCAAUGCAGCACGCAAUGCAGGAAAAUUCCACAAACUUUCAAUGUAUGUGGAAGCCUGUGAGAGUGGAUCCAUACUUGAAGGAUUCGAAAAAGACGACCGUGUAAACGGAUUGACCGCCUCAAGUGCUACUGAGGACUCCUAUGCAUGUAAUUGUGCUGGCGCAAUUUGUUAUGCAGAUUUAUUUAGCUAUAAGUGGAUGACAAAUUCUGAGCAGCAUAAUCUAAUGGGUUUCUCUGUCCAAGAGCAGUACAGCGAUGUAAAGAAGGAAGUGCACUCGUCCACAGUGCAAAUUUUUGGCUCGACAGCGGUGACUAAUGAGCCGGUAGGCUACUUCCAAGGCACCAAACCAAGCCGAAAUGUUUUGGCGGUUAUGGUGAACUCUAGUUCUGAAAAUAAAGUGGUGAGCAUCCGUGACGUCCCAAUUCACAUGCUUGUGAUGAGUGCGGAGGGGGUUCAAGAGGAUAAGCGCGUAUCCGAUGCUGUACAGCAGUUGGAGUUGGCUUUUAAGAAACGUGAACUCUUUCGUAACGUCUUCGACACUUUGCAUCAACUUAUUCGUGAAUCUAUCAAUGAGCAUCAAGGCGAUUUCGAACUCAACAAAGAACUACGAGACCAUUGUUACGAAACCUUGGUGCUUCAAUUCGACGAACACUGUUUUCCCUUACGAAAUAACGCAUUCGCAUUCGGCUCAUUGCGACGGUUUCGUUCACUUUGCGUCAAGACCAACAGUAAUGUGAUUCAAAGGGCCAUCGACACUAUGAGGCUGUAUUGCCGACGGAAUUCGCUAGUUGUUGAUGUGCAGGGAGUAGAAUGAGUUCAUCCGCCGCGCUUUUUAUGUUGUAUAUAUUGUUGAUAAUUUAUUAACUAAUGAUAAAUCGAGAUAAUUUGUUUUCUUGUUUGGAAUUGAAGCAAAACCUGGACCAAUAAAAUCAUAAUAUUCUAUGAACAAC